AUGGCUCCAUCCCUGUCACCAUCGCUGUCGCUAAUACUCACCGGGCAGGGGACACUGGGGCGUGGGUCUGACGGUGCGACUGAGGAAGAAGGGGGAGGCAGUCUGAGUCCAGCAAUGCAUUGCUCAGGUGGUGCAGCUGGGGAAGAAGAGGGGAGGCGGGGAAAAAAAGGGGGAGGCGGGGGCACGGUGGAUCCAACAAUGGGGAGGGUUGAUCCGAAGAGGCACGGUGGGGCACAGCGGCAGGAGAACAAGGGGGGAGGUCGAGAAGAAGGAGGGAGGCUGGGGUGGUGGGACGGCGGCUCUGAAAGGCUAUCAAGAAGAAGAGGGAGCUUAAGGAUGCGAGCUCGAGAUCAUGUGAUCCAGUGUGGGGACAUCGGAUCCAAUGUGGCUUUGACAAUGCAGGGGCUGGUGGGAGGAGUUUGGAGGCUCCGACGGUGGGGCGGGGGAAAAUGGGGAUCGGAGGCGGGGGAGAAGAGGGAAGGCGGCGGCCGAUAG